AUGGUUUAUGAGCUCUUGGGGUCCAACGUUCAAGAUACGAUUGAUGCACAUUUCCCCGGAAGACUGCCUGGGAAGCUGGCUAAAACCAUUGCAAAACAGAGUCUCCUUGGACUUGAUUCCUUACACCAACACGGCAUUGGCCAUGGAGAUCUCCAUACUCGCAAUUUAGCCUUCACUCAACCCAAUGCGGAUAACCUCGCUGAGGACAAAUUCCUCGAAAUGCUAGGGACCCCUGAUAUUGGCUUGAUCCAGAGAGCUGAUGAAAGGAGCCUGGAUCUCGAGCCCGGUAUGCCCAAGUAUCUCGUGAUGCCUGCCUCAAAUCAACUGCGUUCUUGGAACUCGUCCCAGUCUAUCAAGAUAAUCGAUUUUGGCGAAUCAUUCCUUACCACUGAGUCUCCUCGAACAUUGCAUACCCCUUUCCCUGUGCGCGCACCUGAGGUCAUUUUCCAAGAUCGGAUCGACUACCGUGUGGACUUGUGGGGCAUGGGGUGUAUGCUGUUUGAGCUCUUUACUGGCCAGCCGCCAUUUGAUUCAUUUCUGACUACGCCCAAGAUCCUGGUUGGACAGAUGCGAGAUAUGGCAAGUGAUGACUUGCCUAGGAGAUGGCACGAGAUAUGGAAUGGCAUGGAUGGAGACGAGGACAUUGUUGAGCCGGGUCCCAAUCUACAGGAAUGGCUGGAAGAGGUGUAUUUCGGUGACACAAAAGAACAUGACCUCACUGCAGAGGAUAUUGCAAGGCUGGGGCAGAUUAUUGCAAGGCUGCUGCGGUUUGAGCCGAACGCGAGAGUGUCGGCAAGAGAAGUCCUGGAUGACGCUUGGUUUCACGAGUAA